UCAAAGCAGGGUAGUCACGACUGUCCUUCUGGCACCUUCUCCACGUGGUCCUCGUCUCCGUCACCCAGCUCCUCCUGGACUGUCAUACACGUGUGAAUGAUUCAACCUUUCUGGAAAUUCAUUUAGCGGUGUGGACAUCACAGGAACGAGACAGAACAUUACGGGACUUGUUCUCUGGAGAUUAUUGGGUGUUAUCAAGACAAGUUCCUCCAGCAGGUGUCCACAGUAGGUUGACGGUGUUGGUGGACACAGGCUCAGGCAGGAUGAGGCGCGCGCCCUUCUGAAAUAUUGUCCCGCGGGUCUCUUCCAAGAUGACGAUGAAACCGGCGGCGGAGACUGAGCGCAACACGAGCCCGCAAGACUGUGCCGGCUGUGGCAAGCGGAUCAACGACAGGUACCUGCUGAAGGCGCUGGAGAUGUACUGGCACGAGGACUGUCUCAAGUGUGGGUGUUGUGACUGUCGCCUGGGGGAGGUGGGCUCUACUCUCUUUACUAAGGGCAACCUGAUCCUCUGCCGCCGUGACUACCUCAGGUUGUUCGGCACGACAGGGUAUUGCUCAGCCUGCUCCAAGGUGAUCCCGGCCUUCGAGAUGGUAAUGAGGGCGAGGAACAACGUCUACCACCUUGAGUGUUUCGCCUGCCAACAGUGCAAUCACAGGUUCUGCGUUGGUGACAAGUUCUACCUGUGUGACAACAAGAUCCUGUGUGAGUAUGACUACGAGGAGCGGCUGGUGUUCGCCUCCAUGGCCUGUACUCCCUCCAGCCUCGCCCAGCUCAAGCGGCAGAUCGGCGGCCUUGAGGGUCCUGCCAUCAUCGACGAGUCCCGCAAGCCUACCGCCGCCGCCGCCACCACCACCUCCACACCCCUCCACAACACGGCCCUCCACCACCAUCACCACACAACCACACCCACACAGCAGCAGCUCCAACCCCAACAGCAGGCAUCACAGCUCCUACAGCAGCAACAAGGACAGCAAGGGCAGCAACAGCAGGUACAGCAGCAGCAACAAGCACAACAAGCACAACAGCAACAGGGGCAGCCACCACCCACAGCAGCUCAACAGCGGCCCAUGGUCACGUGAUGCCCCACCCGGCCCAUACAGUCACCUGUCUACGGACCAUGAACCACCGCACUGGACUUAACUAUAUACUAAAUUUAUACAUUGAAUUUAUAUGAUAAAUUUAUAUAUCAUGAAUAUUUCUACUGUACAUUAUGUUAGUUACGAGUAUAUGAGCCAGUGGUCCAGGGCCUCACGACAGCUGACUGGGUAUAAACUACGGUGUAUAUACUGUACAUAAGCCGUCAACAGUACUAGCUUGGUGGUGUUGCUUCACCCAGUCAAGAACUACCAAAGUGAUGUGAUGUAAGUUCUAGUCUUCCUCCUCCACACCCCCUACUCGUCCUCUACCUCCUACUCGUCCU